UUUGCAGGUUGACGUCGGGCUCAUUUCUGAAGUCCAAUCGAACAUAAAAAGGGUCACGGGGGGUGAUGGAGCCUAUCCCAGCUGCACUCGGGCGGAAGGUGGUGUACACCCUGGACAAGUCACCACCUCAUUAUGUGAUAUGCAGGAGUCUAGUGACUUGAAUGGUGUGCAUGAGACGGACUCCCACUUGGUGUUGGCCAAUCAGCGGCAUCAAUCCAUGGAGGAAUUGGACAACGUGGAGUGCCUCAGAAGGAAAACCAAAUAUUACUUUAUGAACCCCUGUGAAAAGUAUCACGCUCGUGGACGAAAACCAUGGAAACUCAUACUGCAGCUCAUCAAAAUUGCCAUCAUCACUAUACAGUUGGUGUCGUUUGGUCUGAGCAACCAGAUGGUUGUGACUUUUAAGGAGGAAAGCUUGAUGACAUUCCAACAUCUCUUCUUAAAGGAUUUUGUUGAUAGGGGCAUUGACACAUAUGCUGUUUACAGACAAGCAGAUGUUUAUGAUCACAUCAAUUACAUCAUUGAACAGUAUGGACGUCUGCAUAACACCACAGUGGGAAACCAUGAGUAUGAGAAAAACGGCUCCGUUUACACACCCUUGUCAGUGUGUCAGGAGUUCUACAGGAAUGGCACCAUCUACCCUGGCAAAGACACCUUUGAAAUUGAUGCACAUGUGGAAACUGAUUGCAUUGACAUUGAUCCAAUGAAUCAGUCGUCGUCUCAAGACGUGCUUCCACAUUUUGAGUUGCACUUCAAAAGGAUGCUGUCUGUCAAGAUCACCUUCGUUCUCAAAGCCAUCAAUUUACAGACAGUUAGACACCGAGAGCUGCCAGACUGCUACGACUUCAACGUCAUUAUCACUUUCAACAACCAAGUCCACAGCGGCAGGAUAAAAGUGGACCUGGAAAAUGAUGUAGAGAUCAAUGAAUGCAGAGAUUGGAAAGUAACAGGAGCUUCUGCUAAAAGCAUAUACCUGACCCUGCUGUUCGACUGCCUCAUCAUCGUAACAUGCAUCACCUCCUGCGCUCUCUGCAUGCGCUCUGUGUUCAAUGGGAUACAACUGCAGUUUGAGUACACACACUACUACAGGAAGCUCAGUGGUAAAGAUGUCCCUUGGUCUGACAGACUGGAAUUUAUCAAUGGCUGGUAUAUCCUAAUUAUUGCCAGUGACUUGUUAACCAUCACUGGCUCUAUUCUGAAGAUCGAUAUUCAAACCAAGGUUCUGACAAGCUACGACAUAUGCAGCAUAUUUCUUGGUCUAGGCACCAUGUUUGUUUGGAUUGGGGUCAUCCGCUACAUGGGCUACUUUCGCAAGUACAACAUCCUCAUCCUGACUCUCAGGGCGGCUUUUCCAAAUGUAAUUCGUUUCAUCUGCUGCGCUGGAAUAGUCUAUCUGAGCUACUGCUUGUGUGGCUGGAUUGUCCUUGGCCCGUAUCACGAAAAGUUCCGGACCUUGAACACAGUGUCCGAGUGUCUCUUCUCGUUGAUCAAUGGAGAUGACAUGUUUCCCACCUUUAAAAACAUGAAGCAGAAGAGCAACCUCAUUUGGAUUUUUAGCAGAGUCUACCUCUAUACCUUUGUCUCGCUUUUCAUCUACAUGAUCCUCAGCCUGUUCAUCACAAUCAUAACCGACACCUACGACACCAUCAAGCAACAACAGCAAAGUGGUAUCCCGACAUCAGAGCUCCAUCGAUUUCUAUCGGAGUGUAAAGAUCUCCCAAACUCUGGAGUCUACAGACUUGACAAGAACAGCUGCUUCUUGCACAGCUGCAUGAACAAGUGCAGGGACCAUCAUGAGAGGUUGACUUCAGAGGCAUAGCGUGUACAUAUUGUCGAAACAAUGCAAAAUUUAAUUUUUAAAAAAAAUAAGAAAUUAAGCAGAAGGGUUGUAAAAUCAGCAUGAAAGCUAUUAGCAUGAGAAAUUGAUUUGAUGUGAUUUCAGAUAUAUGUAUUAUUCCACUCUUAAAACCAGAGAUACUGUAUGUGUUUCAUACAUACGGUAAUGUCAUUUUGAAUGCAAAGUUUUGCACUUAAGAAAUCAAGGGUGAAAACAUCGGCAUGUAAUUAUUUUAUUUUUUGAUUGUUCUUCUGAGAGAUUGUGAGUGUAACAUUCUAAACAUAUUUUCCUUUUACCACA